AGCCGAUACUCCUAACCUCCCUAUUCUACUUUAUUCUAUUCUCCCGCACAUCUAUAACCUUCUCCUAUCCCGCUACUACUUCACGAUAUUCAUCUCUAUUAAUGACCGAUCCAUCGAAACCUGCGAACAUCUCGCCACGACGGCGGUUCACAGAGCCUGUAUCGCCUGAGCAUUCGCACCGCCGGCUCAGCACGGGCCUGCGCCGGGUCACAUCGACCACCGGCAAGUCAAUCAAGCGGCUGUUCCGCAGCGGUAGUCUCCGGCGCAAGCACCCAUCAGAAGAUCCACAGGAUGCAGACAUUGCCAGCCCACACACGGCCUCUACCGGCGAUCGCGUGCACAUCCAGCAGUAUCACAGUGAGCGGCGACCGUCGUCGUCACAUUCCAACCGCAGUGUGCGUAGCAUAUUCACUGCAGCCCGCAAGCUGUUCCACCGACAUGGCACUGAUGACUUUGCAGAGCCGGUAUUUUACGAUCCGAUUACUGGCGAAGAGAGCCCGAUGAUGGACGCACGUGUGGACAUUCUGGAGCAGGCGUGUGCGUCGGUGCCUAAAACAUGCCACAUGACAGAGCUCCGGCAACUGCCAGAGGACAGCAUGGCAGAGAUUCCACAAGACCGGGAGCGCCACAAGCCGCCUUUGGACGAGUUGUUUGCAGACAAUGGUCAGCCACCACUCGUGCCGUGGAAGCCAGCUCGUCAAGCGUCACCUACCCGCACCCUGCCCAGCGCCCCGCAGACACCGUCUAAACUGGAUUCACAGGUAAGGUCGCCUUUGAAUUUCUCCAGCAGGAGCCUUGGCCUUGAUUCGCUCGAUUUCGCCUACAGCGAGAACACAACCAGCUUCAUCCCGCCGUCACCAGCGCAAUCUGGCACAUGGUAUGCGUCCCCUGAGUCGGGGUUGUCUCAGACAACUUCCCAGUUGCAGCCACUUAUCGAACUUGCUGAAGAAGAAUCUACAAAGCCCAUGCUGAAGAGGAGCAGCAAAAGCGCCAACAAGAUCCAGGUCGAAAUGCAGCAGGCCACCCGUACAUCGCUGUUGCAGGACAAGCACACCUCAGUGGCCCUGAGUGACAGCUCCUUCAGCCAGCAGUACAGCUCCAGCCUUGAUCCUCGGGCAACAUCACACGACCAAAUGCCCGACGAACCGAUUGAGCUCCUGGAUCUAAACGAACUCUACCAAAUCGACAAGUGUUCUGAUGUGGUGAUGGAUGGCGGUUUCGUUGACGAGCCAAAAUGCUCAGUAUGGACUCAAGACCCCAAUUUUGCGGUCUCGCCAGCAGCUACUGUUACAGCAGUGCACGAUGAACCCGAUUCUCCAGCGCGUCUUGACAUAUUGGCAACCAUUCGUACCCUUGGCAAUCCCACUGCUGUGUGCAGCUCUGCCUUCGCAGGCCUAUGUGUAAAUUCUGCAGUAGCUACGGUACCAAUCGUUGACUCUCCCUUCUCUAUUCGAAACAUCGACGAGCUGCUGAAGGAGCUCGAAAUCGCCGAUCAUUCGGAUGCGCUCCAGUGCCGGUCCACAGGAAAUACUGCUGUUCACCAUCCUACUUUUGUGGAUCCAGAUGUGUUCUCAUUGCUCGAAAUCGAUGACCUCAUUGAGCAGCUAGGUGAUGCUGAAUUGGUAGAGCACCUUGGUGCUACUUUAAGAGAGCCGGAGGCACAGUUCCUAGAGGUGGACCCAGUGGAGCUGGUCAAUGGACUGGGAAUUGCCGUUGCUCCCAAUCUUACGGAAGAGACGUCGUUGUUGGUCGACACUGAGCAGCUCAUCCAGCGCUUAGGGUGUGAGAGUAUUUUGGUCAAUCAAGCCAUUCCGGAUCUAGUUCCAGUACUGGAUCCGGUCGAGUUGGUUUCGUCACUCGGUCGCGUGAUUGAACCGGCGUUCCCUACCAUCCUCCACGUUGACGAACUCAUUCUGGCUCUUGGCAGUGCGAACGCCGUCACGGAUUUGGCCGUUCCUGAUCUAGUUCCAGUACUGGAUCCGGUCGAGUUGGUUUCGUCACUCGGUCGCAUGAUUGAGCCGGUAUUCCCUACCAUCCUUCAUGCUGACGAACUCAUCACGGCUCUUGGCAGUGCGAAUGCCAUCACAGAUUUGGCUGUUCCUGAUCUAGUUCCAGUACUGGAUCCGUCGAGUUGGUUUCGUCACUCGGUCGCGUAAUUGAACCGAUGUUCCCUACCAUCCUUCACGCUGACGAACUCAUCACGGCUCUUGGCAGUGCGAAUGCCAUCACGGAUUUGGUCGUUCCUGAUCUAGUUCCAGCACUGGAUCCGGUCGAGUUGGUUUCGUCACUCGGUCGCGUGAUUGAACCGAUGUUCCCUACCAUCCUUCACGCUGAGGAACUCAUUCUGGCUCUUGGCAGUGCGAAUGCCAUCACGGAUUUGGCUGUUCCUGAUCUAGUUCCAGCAUUGGAUCCAGUCGAGUUGGUUUCGUCACUCGGUCGCGUGAUUGAACCGAUGUUCCCUACCAUCCUUCACGUUGACGAACUCAUUCUGGCUCUUGGCAGU